AUGCUCCACUCAAAGGAUAUCGUUUUUGCCUUGCUUCUUGUGGGCUCUACAGUGGCUCUGGACGUACAGAUCACCCCCAGGCAGGGAGAGAUCAGUGUCGGGGAGUCCAAGUUCUUCCUGUGCGAAGUGGUCGGAGAGGCCGAGAAGAUCGACUGGUUCUCUCCCAGCGGCGACCGCAUCGAGAGCAACAGGCCGGACGUCACGGUGACCCGUAACGACGAGUCGUCGUGCACGCUCACGCUCUACAGGGCCGGCGUGGACAACGCCGGGACGUACAGGUGCCUCGCCACCAACGGGGACCAGCAGGCCGAGUCCACGGUCAACGUCAAGAUCUACCAGAAGAUCACCUUCCAGAAUGCUCCGUCCCCCCAAGAGUUCAACGAAGGAGACAGCGCCAGCCUCAUCUGUGAUGUCAUCAGCACCCCGCCCCCCACCGUCAUCUGGAAACAUAAAGGGGCCAAGAUCCAAAUGGAGAAGGAUGUUCGCUUUAAGAUCCUGAGCAACAACCACCUGCAGAUCCGGGGGAUCAAGAAGACUGACGAGGGCACGUACACCUGCGAGGGACGCCUCAUGGCCCGGGGAGAGAUCGAUUUCCGGAUCAUCAAGGUCGUCGUCAACGUGGCCCCGUCCAUCAGGGUUUGGCAGUCUGAGGUGAAUGCCACGGCCGACGCCGGCCAGACGGCCAUGUUGUCUUGUGCUGCCGACGGCUUCCCAGAGCCCAUGGUGUCCUGGGCAAGGAACCAAAAAGUUCUGGAAGCAGGGGAGAAGUACAGCUUCAACGACGACGGCUCCGAGAUGACUCUCAUGGACGUGGCCAAGCUGGACGAGGGAGAGUACACCUGCAUCGCCAAGAACAAGGCCGGGGAGGUGGAGCAGGAACUCAGCCUGCGCGUGUUCGUGAAGCCCACGAUCACCUACCUGGUGAACCAAACCGCGUCAGAGAUGCAGGAGCAGGUGACUCUGACCUGCGAGGCGUCAGGUGACCCCACCCCCACCAUCAACUGGAGCUCAAGCAAGCGAGUCUUCAAGGAGGAGGAGCAGGCCUCGUGGACUCGACCCGAGCAGCACAAGAGCCUGGACGGGAACGUGAUGGUGAGGAGCGACGCCCGCCUCUCCUCCCUCACCCUGAAGAAGGCCGAGUACACGGACGCAGGCCUGUACCUCUGCACGGCCCGCAGCUCCAUCGGGGAGGACGCCCGGCACGCAUACCUGGAAAUACGCUACUCUCCUAAGAUCAACGGCUCGGUCGCCGUGUACACCUGGGAGGGGAACCCGGCCAACCUGAGCUGUGAGGUCCUGGCCCACCCCAGCCAAGUGUCCUUACUGUGGCUGAGAGACGGCCUGCAGCUGCCCAACCUCAACACCACCAACAUCAAGGUCUACAGCGGUCCGUCAGCCAGCUUCUUGGAGGUCACCCCAGAGUCAGAGAACGACUUUGGGAGCUACAACUGCUCCGCCUCCAAUGAGAUGGGCACCGAGUCCAAGGAGUUCCUCCUCAUUCAGGCCGACGUGCCAUCUGCCCCCUCCGUCGGACAGGUGGAGCCCUUCUCCAGCUCGGCCAGGGUGCUGUUCCAGGAGCCCGAAGCCUCCGGGGGGGUGCCCAUCCUGCGCUACCGCGCCGAGUGGAAGCCCAUGAGCCGGGGGAGCUGGGUGCACCGGGUCUACGAGGUCCAGAGAGGUGCUUUGACUGAGGUGACGAUCACAGGCCUGAAGCCAGAGACCAACUAUGAGGUGAAGAUGUCUGCCAUCAACGGCAAGGGACAAGGUGACAGCAGCCCCGCUGUGAUCUUCAAGACGGAGCCUGUUCGGGAGCCCAACCCCCCUAAGCUGGAGGGCAUACUGCAGCCCAAAGGCAACUCCCUCAAAGUAAGGUGGACCAAGCAGGACGACGGGGGCUCGCCCAUCACACACUACCUGGUCCGCUUCAAACCAAAGCAGCUGUCGGAGUGGAAGCCUGAGAUGAGGAUGCCCAGCGGGAGCGACUACGUGGUCCUCACCAGCCUGGACUGGAACACGGAGUACGAGGUGCUGGUGGUGGCCGAAAACCUGCAGGGGAAGUCCCAGCCCGGGGUCCUGACGGUCCGGACCGACCCCGAGCCAGCGGCCAUCCCAGCAGACCUGGGGGACGAGUCGGCGCUGUCGACGGGCAUCAUCGCCGGCGUCCUCCUCGUGGCCGUGCUGCUGCUGCUGCUGGCCGUGGACGUCAGCUGCUUCUUCAUCAACAAGUGUGGCCUGAUCAUGUGUCUGUGCGGCAAGCCGGGCUCCACGGCCAAGGACAGCAGCCUGGAAGGUGGCAAGGCAGCCUUCAUGAAAGACGAGUCCAAAGAGCCCAUCGUGGAGGUGAGGACGGAAGACGAAUGCACGGCCAAUCACAACGCGGGCGGGCCCACGGAACCCAACGAGACCACGCCUCUUACAGAGCCAGAGAAGAUGAUAUGCGAGGAAAAGACUAAAGAGGAGGCGGACACGAAGACAGCCCUGUCAGAGGUGACAGGAGAACUCAACGACAUCGCACGUCUAAACGCCAGCGAGAGCAAAGCAUGAUGGGUGGGCGAGGCUCUGGCGUUCCUCGUGGCUGCAGCAGCAUUUCCAGUGCCCUUAACUGCAUCUCCAGCACACAUAGACGAGCAUGAGAAUCAUCGCAGUACUCUCUGACUGUGCUGCGUUUCUGUUUAGUUUAUCAUUCCAUUACAGUUUGCUUCUCCCAUGAAAUACUAAAGAACACUGUUUUACGUUUAAUUUCAAAUCACAUGAAGCAUUUUUAAGAGACAAACAAGUCUUUUGUUUUCUUUUUUUUUACUACACUGAGUUAGUGGUAAUUGUUUGAAGUCUGGUUGCACUUAAACAUUGGAUUAUACAUGAUAUAUAUUAAGAGAUUGACUCUAUAUAGAUGUUAUUUUAUUAUUUUCAUGUUACAUCGUUCAAAUGUAAAAUUAUUUGUAUUUUUUUAUCUUCAAUAAUUUGAGGGCUAGUCUAAUAGAAUAGUGUGUUUGCAUGUCAGAUUUUCAAAUGGUUGUAAUGUUCAAUAUUUUUCUCGUCUGUUAAGGGGGUGGGUGGUUUUAAACAUCCAGAUUGUUGUCAUGUAGCUAGCUAUCAAAACAUGUGUAUGGAUUUGAUUACUCUCAAGAAGGGUGUGGCCAUGAACACUCUGUACUUUGUAUGAUGUACAGUGGGGUUGGCUUUCAAACACAAACCUCCCUGUUAGACAACAUAGGAUCAGAUGGGCAUUUCUUGGCCUGCUAAGCUUUGUGAUGCAGAACUUGCAGGUCCACAUACUGGUCAGUCACUCCGGUCCCCGUGAAGUCCUUAUGUCCCCUGAGGAGAGAGACACGUGGAGCAGCUAUCUUACCUGUAGAACAAAGGGUUCCGAGUGUUGGCAGAGAAAUGUGGAACCUCAGCAGAGCCCGUGGUUCUCAUGGACAAGGAUUGAAGAACCCAGAUCAAAGUGAAUGUCAUCAUAAACUUGAUGUAUAGCACUCCAUCCUUUUAGUAUCAACUAUGAUGAGGAUGUUCUCAUCUGGAGAAGGCAGGUGCCGUGCUUAUCUCUAUCAUCCAUUCAAUCGUGUUUUUAACACAAAUCUUUAAAAAAAGGCAUUUUUUUGGUACUCUGUAAAUCUGGAGCUAUCUUCUACUCCACUCCUGACUGCAAGCUUGUGCACUGUGACUGUGUCAAUUGAUUGUCUUGUCAUCAGUUUCAAUAAUAUCUGCAUAGCUUUGUUGUGAAAAAAAAGCCUUUUUAUAUGCUGUAGUGUAUUAAAAAUGAUGAUACAAGAAAUGGAUUAAAAGAAAGAUCUAGUGUGUAAUGUUGUCAAAGUCUCCCAUCAUAGCACUAUUUAUAAUGACCAGUAGUGCAGGGGAGAUGUGUUUUGAGUCUUGGCAUGAAUUCAAUUAAACCUUAAUAACAUGUAACUUCAGCCCAGAUACCUAUGUUGACCAUGUUUCGUUUUUCUUCCCCUGUUGUGGUUCAAGUGUUCUGAAAAUCUGUUUUAGAGUUGACAUUGAUUUUGUACAAAAGCAGUCACUGACAGUGUUUGCCUGUACUGAGGAUGAUUCCAUGGACAGAAGGUGGGAUGGUUAUCUGACUUUUAUUUUUAUUGAAUCCUGAAUAUGUUGUAAAUGCCAAAGGUGAUGUAAAAUACGGUCAAGCCCUUGGCACUUUAAUGUAACUGGAUAACUAAACAUCACCUGUUGAAUCAUUCGGAGGUGCUGCGUUAGCAACCCGCCCCCUGGCAAAGAUACUCUUUUUUCUGGGUUCAACUCAGAAAAUCUCUCAGUGGUGUACAGUCUGAGUACUAACCCAUUUACAAAAUAAAACAAGGUUUUGA